AUGGUGAUUGUUGAUAUCAUUUUGGCCUUUGCGUUCAUUCUUCAAUUGGUAUUGGCUAAUGAAAAUGAAAAUGAAAAUUGGAAUACUUUAUACGAUUAUCAACUGGGUAAAAUAUAUCUUCAUUUGAAAGAUAAUAAUUUAAUAAGUUUGAAUUUCUCAAUAACCGGAUUUGAUAACUUGGAUGAUUAUACUGAGUCCGAUAUUGAUUAUAAUGAUAAUCAAGAAAUUAAUCCGUUAGCAAAACCUCCAAUAAAUUCAACUUUAUUCUUAGCAAAUCAAAAUCUUUAUGCAUUCACCAAUAAAAAGAGUUCCAAGCUUGAUGCUUGCGGAGAUGGAGUUUUGAAUCUAUUGAAGUAUAAUGAACCCAAUGAUAAAUGGGAUGAAUUUGAUGAUGAACUUAUCUUUGAUGAUAUCGAAGAUGCUUCAUUCUAUAAAUAUUCGUCUUAUCUAUCCAGUCCAAUAGUAAACGAUACCAUUUAUAUCUAUGGUGGGUACUGUGAUGAAACUAAUAAACCAACGAAUCGUCUUUUAUCAUUCAAUGUAUCACUGGGGAAGUUUUCAAAUAUUACAACUUCAACAAAACCCCAAGCGUUCUUCGGUGCUAAUAAUUUAUUAGCUCCAGAUCCUCAAACUCAAUUAAUUAUUGGUGGUGAAACUAAUCAAGGUUGGCUAAACAUGUAUCAAUUAGCAGUAUGGGAUUUCGAUUCUGGUUGGACUUCUAAAACUAUUGAAAGCUCCGAUUCUUCCAAAAUUAAUUCAAGAAGAUUUGCAUUAGUAUUGCCAAUCUUUAAUCAAUUGGAAGAUAAUAAGAUUUCAACUUUUACCGAUUACUAUAAUGUGGAAGAAGUAUUACUACUUGGUGGUCAAUUGGGGAAUACUGAUUCUUCACCACUUUUCGCUAAAUUAUCAUUAGAUUCAAAUCAAUGGUCUUGGAGUUCUCUUAACGAAACUAAUUUAGAUUACGACGAAAUAAUUGGCGCAGCUACCAUAUUCGAUACUCUAGUUAUAAUCAAUUCCACUGCUUCAAAUUCUAAAAGAGAUACUAGUUAUCAUUUAAGCUUAUAUAAUACUUCUAAUUUGAAACUGGUUUCAAGUGUGAAAGAAAAUACCCCCUCUCCAAAGAAAACUUCAUCAUCAUCCAAAUCAGUCAAAGACAUUCAAAAGAAAGCUAUAUUAGGAACAGUGAUACCAGUUACAUCUAUUGCUUUAGCGAUUGUAGCUGGGAUUUUUAUAAUGAAAAAACGGAAACAAGCAAAACAAUCUGAAGAAUUAGAAACCAUCGACUAUCAAUUUGGUAAUUAUUACGAUCAGCAAUCAAUCGUUUAUCAUAAUGAUAAUGAUACCUCAUCAACACUCGAUGUAGCAUCGAUUGAUUCAUGGGUUAAGAAAAGACAAGAAUUUGAAGAAAAUAGAAAUAAAAUAAGAAAUAGCUACUUAGCAUCAAAUGAAACUUUAAGUCAUGAUUCAAUUAAAAGAUCUUUUGAAAAUAAUCAAAUAAUAACUGAUGAAAAUCCUUUUAAUGAUUUAUCCUUAAAUGAAAAACUGCCAAAAGAAUUCAAUGAAAAUGGAACACCAAUUGGUGAAAUUGUCAAUAGAUCAGUCACUAAAUUGAAAAAAUCGUUUUCCUUCACUAAUACUCCUCCAGGAUCACCAAUAAUAUUGAAAAAACCUAAAAGUUCGAAUAAAGUUCCCCUAUUAAAUGAUAAAAUUUCAGAAAAAGAUGAAUUUGAUUACAAAGAAAAACAUCUACCCCAAUUACCCAAUGAAGAUACCAAAUCGGUUGAUAUUUCUCAGUUUAAUCGAGAUGAUGGUUCAAUUGGUGCUUCAAUUGACGAUACCAUCGAUGCUCAAGUUUUAAUAAGUUCUAAACGUAGAUCUAAAUUGAGAGUUGUCAAUCCUGAUAUCCAAGAACAACAUCACCAACAACCCUCUCCUCAGCCAGACCUAGAUAUCGAUAUAGAUUACUCAAUCUUUAAUCAAAUCAAUCUGGAUGACGAUAAUGAUAAUACAAAUAUAAGAAAAAGGGUUCCAUCCGGUGACAAGCAGCUCGACGAAUAACCUCUGUAUUUUUAUGUACCACUUAAUACGAACUUUUACUACGUAUCCAUUCUAUUUUUAUAUCAAAAUAGUACAGCCUUGGACGGUCAUCAUCCCAAGUUAGUUGACCUUGUAAUGAAAAAUUUCCUCUUAUUCCGGUUUACAAAUCCCUUCUUUAUCUCAUGAUCGGCUCGACCCGUACCUUCAACCAUAAUUUUUUUUUUUCUGUUCUCUCUACCUCUCCUUCC